AUGCCGUCCUCCGCCGUCUCCUCCCCGCGUCGGCUCGUGUCGCAACCACCGCUCCACUCUCCAGCAACGAACGUCUUUCUGUUUCUGGUCGCAUUUCGACUGCUCAAUGCGCUCGCAGUGCGCACAUUCUUCCAGCCAGACGAAUUCUUCCAGUCGUUGGAGCCCGCGUGGCAGAUUGCAUUCGGCAAGGAUCAGGGCGCAUGGGUGACCUGGGAAUGGCACCAGCAGCUCCGAUCAUCGCUACAUCCCCUGUUCUUCGCAGCGGUUUACAAAGUGACCGAUUUGCUAGCGACCACCCUCCGUCUCUCCGCAACCACGCGCGCAGAUCUCCUGAUUGCGGGACCAAAGUCCGCACAGGCCGUGAUCGCGGCGAUCGGCGACUUUUAUACAUGGAAGCUCGCGACUCGAGUCUACGGACCUGACUCACGCGGCGCAUGGACGACAUUGUUCGCAACCAUCCUCAAUCCCUGGCAAUGGUUUUGCUCAACCAGGACAUUGUCCAAUUGCGUGGAAACAACGGUGACAAUUGUUGCAUUGGAUCAAUGGCCUUGGCAGUGGUCAACUGGCGCUUCGGCGGUGCGCAGCCGUUCAAGCAAGCCUGGAGCUCACAAAGGCGCAAUAGAUGAGUCUCGGGCACUCUUGUCGAGUCUCCGGCGUUGUUUAUGCCUGGCGGCAUUGGCUGUCAUCCUGCGCCCAACAAAUGUCCUGAUCUGGGCGACCUUGGCAACGGUCGCUUGGGUUCGUUCCGGCUGGACUCAGCGCAAGGUGCUUGUUCGGGAAACUCUCCUAUGCGGAUCAAUGGUCCUAGGCGUAUCAGCUGUCGCGGAUCGCCUGUUCUACGGAUUUUGGACCUUUCCUCCCCUGCGAUUUUUAUAUUUCAAUAUCGCGCAGUCGCUAGCAGUCUUCUACGGUCGGAAUGACUGGCAUUACUAUCUAUCACAGGGAUAUCCUCUGCUCCUUACCACUUUACUACCCUUUGCAAUUGUCGGCCUCUUCCGCACGCUCAACACUCGAACUUUUUCAGCUGCCGAUCAUGUGCAGACAGCAAUUCGAUUGCAAUUAGCCACCAUUUGCCUGGUCAUGCCCCUUGUGUUGUCGCUCAUCUCGCACAAGGAGGUUCGCUUCAUCUACCCUUUAUUGCCGUCUCUGCACAUUCUCGCUGCGCCCCCACUUGUGCAAUUCUUCUACCCAGCGGUAUAUUCGCGGUCGUCGAGUGCUUCUACCCCGCAGAGACUGAUUCUCAUCUCUCUCGUCUUCACCAACCUGGUCAUUGGUUUCUACACGAGCCUGUACCACGCAUCUGGCGUGAUCAACGUGUUGACCUACCUCCGUGGUCAGCAUGAAGCCCACGGCUCAUCAUCUGUUACAUCAGCUCUAACUCCACGCGCCAGCCCUGGAAUCACGGCGGGCUUUUUGAUGCCCUGUCACAGCACACCGUGGCGCUCACAUAUGGUCUUUCCUACGAUCGAUGCAUGGGCACUCACAUGCGACCCACCUAUUGAUCAGACUCCGGCCGAAAAAGCCGUAUACCGAGAUGAAGCGGAUCAAUUCUACGACAAUCCUUCCCUCUUCCUCCGUGAGCACAUGAGAGGCGGCCUUCGCUACACCCCCUCACGACCGAGUUAUCAACACGGAGGUCAUUCUACCGUCGAUGCUCGUGCCGCAGAGACCUGGACGCAUGAGUGGCCAGACUACCUGAUCUUCUUCCAGCACCUAGAGCCCACCAUGCACAGUCUUCUCCGAGCCUCGUCGUACGACGAAUGCUGGCGAACGUACAACACCGCCUGGCACGAUGAUUGGCGACGACGCGGCGACGUCGUAGUCUGGUGUCUCGACCCAUCGGAACAAGACGGCUGGCGCGCCCAAAAGCAAAGACACGCGCAAGUCGCUCAAGAUCGCCACUUCAACCGAAUCAUCAAAGGAUUCCAGCACGACGCGCGUCGGCAACAAAAGCAAGGAUGGAAAGCACUCAUUCCAUCCCGAUCUUCCUUCUCAUCCCUAUGGUCCUCCUCUCCAACCCCACCACGGUAUACGACGUUCUCCGAAUGGCGCCGCGCCGCACAGUCAUAUUUCUCACCGCAUCUUUCCUGGCAAGAGAACCUACGGUCUCUUUUCGCACCGCGUCCAGUAAGUCAUUGGCCUUGGCCUGGGAACAGGCGAUCACUCACUCUAUGGGAAAGACUGUGGUCUCCUGCACCACCAACACCUGCACCCGGUAUAUGGAGAUUUGUGCCGUCCUCGUUGCUAAAUUGGUUGAAGAACAGAGAGUCGUAUGAGUCGCACGCGGACCGUGAAAUGUGGGAAUAA